CAAAACACAGCUUGGCCUCAAUCCUGCCUGAUUCUUUUGCUUCCUGCCCAAUUGUUUGCGCUUAUUUUCGCCUCUCACUAGUUAUGUAAAACAUAUCGUGCUUGGUAGCCUUUUAUUUUGUUUUCUGUUUUUAUAUAAUGAGGCUGCUUUCCGUAUAUUCACCCAAACACACGUAUUUUUUCCCCCGGGAUUGAUUUCUCAAACAGCAGCCUGUUUGCUUUUUUGUUGCUUUCGAGGAAUAUGGACUAAUUGAGAAACCGUAUAAAUGUACCUGCCGUCGGGGGGGAUAUCCUGCUUUUGUAAUCGAAGAGGUGUGUGUGCCCUGGGUGCAGCCUGGCCUGUGCUGUGGUGGCGAUGAAGAACCCAGGACCUGCAGAGACCCGGCGGCUUGUCAUCCUGCUGGAGGCUGCCCUGAUGAGGGAGGCUCGUCUCUGGAAGGUACCGGUCUUCAAGAAUGGAUGCAUCCAGGGCGCUGACAUCUCCUCAUCCCAAUAUCAAGAAAUUAUCUUUUGGCUCGGAGAGAUGACAAGGCAGUUCCACUUCUGUCCAGAAACGUUUGCACUGGGAGUCUGUGUCCUGACCCGACUGCUGUCCACUGUAAAGGCCCAACCCAAAUAUCUGAAAUGCAUUGCCUUUACCUCGUUGGUCCUGGCUGCCAAAAUCAACGAGGAAGAUGAGGUAAUAGGUUCUGUUCAAGACCUGGUUGUGCAGAGCGGAUGCAACUUUUCAACAGCUGAGAUUCUUCGCAUGGAGAGGAUCAUUCUAGACAAGCUGCAGUGGGACCUGUACACCGCAACGGCAGUCGACUUCAUUCACAUAUUCCACGCCCUGCUCGUCUCCGGCCACCCUCACCUCAUUCCGUCCAUCGGGCUGGGCUCCGGCGUCGGCUGGUGCUCCGCCUCGGAGCCCGGGUCGCCUCUCGCUUGGCAGGAGCAUCAGAAGAGACCUGCAGAGCUCCAGGCGGCGUUGUGGACCAGGCAGGUGCAGCACUGUAUGGCCUGCCACCAGCUCUGGCAGUUCAAGGGCUCCACGUUGGCCUUGGCCAUCAUCACCUUGGAGUUGGAGGUCCUCACGCCCGACUGGUUCUCUGUAUUUACCAACCUGCUGAAGAAAGCACAGGUUGACAGUGGCGAAUUCAUCCACUGCAAAGAGAUGGUGGACGAAUACCUUCAGAGCCUGGAGUUCUCCCUGCCAGCCAAUGCCGUCUACAUCUUCGACAGCGCCCAGAUCCCGGACCAAGAGAGAUCCUGGAGCCCCACGCUGCGCUUCAGGAGGCGGGGGCGGGGCUGCGCACAGCAGGGGGACACUGACGAGUACUACGACGGCUUCAGGUGUUUGUACAGCGACGAGGCCACUCCACAGGGAAACAAUGUGGAUUCCCAGCAGAAAAACGUCUCGCCCUGCCCGCCACUGCACCCCGCCGUCAACUAGCGACGUUUAUUCACCCCGUCCAAAGUUCUCCCAGUCCUCCCAUCUCGCAGGGAGAAUGUUACAAAGUCCAACAUACUGUAGUUCAGCACAUCUGACAAGAUCAAUUGUAAGCUCUGAAGUCACAGACUCUAAACAAGAUGUCAAUCAAUCUCCAAAACAUUUAGAAAUAGGUUCAGAACAAGAUCUUGUUUUGGAUUCUACCGUGCACUUGUCCACACAGAAAUCUGGAGGUGUGUACGGAUCAGAGGUAUUCUGACGCCAUAACUUCUUCUAGCGGGACAGAAAUGAUGUGUUAACGGUCCAUUUAAGUUUAAGCUAUUAUUAUUGUUAUUUUUAAUAUUGUUAUGGCCAUAUCAUUUCUUCUUUUAAACCUGUCCUUUAAUAUGUGAGGUUAAAGAAGAAGGAUCAGGCAGUUAUGUGUGUUUUUAUGAGUGUGGUUGAAGCCAAGAGUGGCUUUUUUUUUACGUUUGAGAGUUGAUCCUGAUUUAGUUUGUUGGGAGGUGUCUUGUGUUCAGGUUCCCCCCCCCCCCCCCUCCAGGGCCACGCAGCACUUUGAGAUAAAGACAAGCUUUUUUUUAUAUUGAAAUGCAAAAAAAAUGAUUUUUUCACAAGCUUUUUAUUUGUAUUAUUUUAAUAUUUUACCUUUUGUACUAGUUUGUUGUAUUUUAUUUAGCAGUUAUUUACAAAAGCUACAUCUUCCUUAAAAAAAAAAGCUUUAAUUUCCUGACUAAAUGCUGCACAUGGUUUUAUUUUCUUAAUGCUUCAGUCUGUACUGAUUUAAUUAAUGCGACUAUUGUUGCGUAUCAAACGAAACAGGAGCACCUUUGGGAGAUUAGUUUAAUACUAGAGCAGAAUGACCUGGAAAAUGGUUGUUUUGACAUCAUGAGAUCACCUGAUUGAUGAUCCCACGAUGACUGAUUUAUUUUUUAUUAUUUCAUAAUGUAUGACAGCGCCACAAAUCAUACACCAAAUAUUGUCAAAGUAUUGUUAGUUGAAGUAUUCGGGUAGAAAUAUCCUGUUUUUAUUUGUAAAUACCACAUAGUUCUGUUUCAUCCCGAUACUGAAAUGUCUGCUAAAACGGUCACAGAAUAUUAUGUUUUCAAUUUAAACUCGCUCUGCUGCUGUGUUCAGAGAGAGGCCAGCUAUAAUGUGAACUGGUUACCGUCUGUUUCCUCAACUGUAAAGUCUGCUUCAUUUAUCAAGUCAGGCUGGAAGCAACACCAGCGACCAAUGUAAAGGUUGUUUUAAUUUCCAUUCCUUUAAUUUAAUGAGGCAGCUAUCUUUAUCGUCUGGUCCACCACAGAAAUAAAGCUAUGACUUAAAGUCUAAA